GAAGAAGAAGGGCACCACUGCUACCUUCAACUUCCGGAAUACUCAAAAUCAACACAAGAUUGGAUGAAUACUUGGGAUAAAAAAGACCAAAGGAAUUUAUUUGUGUACAGGUCUAUAGCGUUGUGAACUGGAGGUAAAACACUGAGGAUGGAGCAGCUGGAGGAGAGAUGAUGCUGUGAAGAACAUUACAUCACCCUCCAAGUGCAGAAUGUCCUCAGGUCACAGGCUGAGAGAUGUGGAGCAGCAGCGCCCCCUGCUGGACAGGGAGGAAGAGGAGGAGGUGGAGAAGAGAUCCAACAGUGCGUCUCCGAAUCGUCUCUGGUUCAUCCAGGACUGCUGCGGCAUGGUCUGUGCCUUCAUCACCUGGUCCCUGGUCUUCUUCGCGGACUUCGUGGUCACCUUCGUCAUGCUGCUGCCCUCCAGGAGCUUCUGGUUCGCCGUCCUCAACGGGGUGAUCUUCAACAGCCUGGCUGUGCUGGCGCUGGCCUCACAUCUCCGUACCAUGCUGACAGACCCGGGAGCCGUCCCGAAAGGAAAUGCCACGAAAAAAUACAUGGAGAGUCUGCAGCUGAAGCCGGGGGAGGUGAUCUACAAAUGUCCAAAAUGCUGCAGCAUCAAACCUGAGCGUGCUCAUCACUGCAGUAUCUGUAAGCGUUGUAUCCGUAAGAUGGACCAUCACUGUCCCUGGGUCAACAACUGCGUGGGGGAGAAAAACCAGCGCUUCUUUGUCCUCUUCACUAUGUACAUUGCCAUGAUCUCCGGCCAUGCUCUGGCUCUCUGUGGAUAUCAGUUCAUCACCUGUAUCAGAGUCCAGUGGGGGGAGUGCAGUGAUUUCUCUCCCCCAGUGACGAUGAUGCUGAUGAUCUUCCUCUGCAUGGAGGCCCUCCUCUUCCUCACCUUCACAGCCGUCAUGUUCUGCACUCAGGUGCACUCCAUCUGCAACGAUGAGACGGAGAUCGAACGUCUGAAGAACGAGAAGCCGACAUGGGAGCGCCAGACUCGGUGGGCGGGGCUUAGGUCAGUGUUUGGAGGUCAGCCGUCUCUGCUGUGGAUCAGCCCCUUCGCUGGACUCAAACUACCAACUCUCCCGCCUAGGCACACCUGGAAGGGCGGGGCUGAGUUCUCCGUGUGAUGAGCUGUCACUGAAACGUCCCACAGAGGAGUUUUUACGACUCCAGCUGCACAGCCAUCACCACCUCUGAGUUUAUCUCGACCUCAAGGUUUGUCUCUGAGCCAGAGGGAACGGCUCCAAGCUCUGCUGCAGAACCCCAGAGCAGGGGGCCCGGUGUUCAUCUCUACAGGUGGGAGCUGGCCAAUAGGGAAGCAAAGAGCUCAUGAGGAGCGGUUGCAACACUGUCUUUUAACUGGACGUGACCAGAGUGGGCAUCAGCAGCAAAGUCAGCUUGAUUACAUCAGUUCAUAUUUGAGUGUCCUGACAGUGCAAUGAGGCAUUAUUCAUUUAUGUUCAGUUUUAUACUGAAUUAUUUGCCUCAGAACAUCCCUACUUUAAUCUCAGCUACAACAUCACUAUGGUAAAUGAGUGAACUCAGAGUUACAGCUUAAAAUCAGCGUAGAGAGCCAUUGCUUUUGUCAUAGUUAUGUUGGAAUGUUCUCCAUGAGCAUUAUGCACAUCUCCAGCUUGAAAAAUACGUCUAUGGAAGCUUCUAGAAUUGUAGGGUUUUGUUUAAUGCCUCAAUAUUAAGCAGUAACACAUAGAUUUACUGUAAGCAUCACCUCAGAGAGCCUUACCUCAUCCCCACUGUAAAAAAAAAAGAGGACGACAAGAGCACAGCAUCCCAGAAAACCAUCGUUAUGAUGUUUGGUCAUAAUGUCCACAGUCUGUUUGACACGGCUGAUUUUACAACCAAACACUCAAUAAUACUGAGUCUUUAUGCAUCAUCUAUAGACAUGUAGCUGAUUAAAUCACUUUAAUAAAUGUAUUUGGCUCUAGUUUAGCCAAAUAUGAAAGUUAUUUCUACAUUUUUGUGGUGUAGAAGUUAUCAGACCUAAAACAGUUCCUGAUUAUUCUGGUUAAAGUUUAAGAGCUGCACCCUGGGAAAUUUCCACAUUAGAAAUAAAAGAAACACUGCAGCUUUUUUUCAUUUUUAGUGCUGCAGCAGUGUGGUGUUAAUGCCCUCAUCAUCGUUUUAAUCUGACAGGUGGUGAUUGUUCCUCUUUCUGCAGGAAGAGCAUCACUUGACACUAAUCGCCCACUUUUCCAGGAGUGUGCCCAGCUGCAAUCAGAAAGUCUGAGCUCAGAGAAAGUCCACAUCCAGCAUGUCAAGCUGAUUAUAUUGUGUGUCCCUGAUUUCCCCUCAGACUGGAGUGUAAUGCUGCUGAAUGUGCUAAAAGAUCUCCACAUAAAUCAGACUGAAAACACUCUCUGAAUGUUUUUUUUAUUUGGUAUAAAGGUGCUUGAUUUACUCAAAGCAUUUACUGACUAUAAAUUGUAUUUCACAAACCAUUUAAUCAGAUCUUGUUUUUUCUUAAAUAUCUGUAAACUGCUGCUGUUGUGAAUGUUUUAAAAACUGUGGAGCUGAUCAGUGCUGUGUGCAUCAGCGUAAAACUACAAUGUGGAAAUGAAAUGUAUAAAUGAUCUUUCCUUUUUGUCUUUAUUUAACUCUUAAAGGGUGCUCUGGGACAUUUUGUGGCUUUUUUGGUCUUUUUUGGUUUUCUUUUUGAUUAUUCUGACUGUGUUAAUGCCAACAACAUCAUUUCAGAGGGUACGUUUUUCUCAAUAGAAUUUCGAAAUUUACAUAAUGGGUCAAUAAUCAUGUAAUACUACUACUAAUAAUAAGGAGAAAAAGAACAGUAAAAAAUAAUUAUAAUCAUAAUAUAAAAUCAUUGAUGAGCUCUGUAGACUUUUAGUACCCACUCAGGCUGUUGGUGUCCAAAAACGUCCCAUUGAAACCCAUUAAAACUACAUUUUUGAUCCUCCUGUCAUCACCGUGAAAACAUGCAUUUAUGAUGUUCGGCUUUCAUUCUGGAGUCUUUGCUUCAAACUUGCAGUUUUUUUCCUGUUGAACACCAAAUGUCAGACAUUUUCAAAUGACUGGCAUGAUUUUUUUUUUUUCUUGUUUUCUUUAUGGACACUUUUAUAGCACUUUAUCACAAUCUUAACAUUUAAACAGUAAUGCAGAAAAAAUAAAUUUGUUGCUCAUUAUUAACACAAUCAAGGCAGUGAUAAUCCCCUUCAAAGAAAUUCAGUUUGCAUGUAGUGAAUAGUGGCAACAAACCCUGUGAACCCUUUGAAAUUUUCCAGCAGUGCUGUGAAUGUUUAGUAGCUGUGUUCAGUUGGGCUGGAUCAUUAGGGAACAUAAUCUAAUUGCAUUUUUUUCCCAAUAUUGUGAUUGUGAUUUUAAUACGCGAUUAUUUCUCAAGUUCCUCAUCUUGUGCAUUUUCCAACAAAAACAGACAAUAAUUCAUUCUAAACUAUAACAAACACAAUAAAAGACUAAACUAGGGCUGAAAAAUCUUUAAAAAUAUCUAUUGUGAUGAUUUUGACUCAUUUUGCAAACUGGCUAUGAACUGCUGUAUUAAAGGGUUUGACCAUUUUUUAAAACUGUCAUAUUUAACAGGAAAAACACAAAAAAAAAUGAAGAAAAUUUGAUUU